AUGAAAACGUCAGAGCCUGCAUCCCAGUCGCCCCUACCGCACGAAACAUCUGCUGUCGAUCUCCAUGCCUUAGAUGAGCGCCUCUUGGACGAUUCGGAUUCGCUGCAGAUUUCAUUUCAGCGAUCUCACGCUUCUGAUCUCUCUUCUGUCCUUACAGGAGAAGCUAGUGACUUGAGUGAUGACGCACAAUUUAUGGCCGAAGAGCCACCGACUUCUUUGUCAAGUAACCAUUCAACCUCGCUCGAUGCUAUACCUGACUCACCAUCUACUUCAAGAGCUAGGAGUGUCUCUCCGUCUUCUGUGAAGAACGACAUGUCGACACACACGUCGCGCGAGGGAUCGAGGAUACUCUCUCCUAUUCCUUCCAAUACGAAGAAGGACGGCACGGUAUCGAGCCAAACGUCCAUUGCAUCUUCUUCGAUUGCUUCGUAUGGGCUAGCUCGUCCAUCGUCCAGCCAUGAUAUGGCCGGUACACCUGCAACGUCACAUAUGUCGCCCGAGAUGGACAAAGACACGUUGGCCCAGGCAGGCGCCACAUUACCGCCGCCAACGCCACCAACACAGUCCCAUCCAACGUCAGAUCCCUAUGUAUCCGCGACAACGCCGCUUCAUCCACCUGUGCCUGGCCGCACAGCGUUCCAUGCAGCUAUGACGCACGAUACUCGCUCGGUGGAUUUCACCAACGAAGGGCUGUCUGCGCUUUCGACUCAUGCAGAGCUAAGUCAUGGUGCUCCUACGACAUGGUCUCGCAUCUUAGCCAACGCGCCUGAGCCUGAUACCAGUCCUGCGUCUAAAACGAACGAUGUCUCCAUUGCGCCUUUACUAGCCUCUGCGUCGUCGGAACAGAGUGGCGAGAAAGAUUUCGUGGCGCCCCAUGCCCAUGUGGACCCUCACCGUCUUGUGAUGUACCAACACAAAAUCAAUGAGCGGCUUACUCGCGAGAAUGAGCUGCUCAAGGCCGAGUGUGACGCACUGAUCCAACUCCUCCAGAAGCACCAAGUGCCCCUGGAUGGCUCAGACGAGGCUAGUCCAGCCUCCUCAGCACAGACGGCAGAAAUGGAGACGCUUCGUCGGCGCAAUGCCGAGCUGGAGGCCAUGGUUCAAUCGCAGCCACAGGCUCUUGAGGCGAGGAAGGCGUCCGUGUCACACGACGCGACGGCGUUGCAGCAUACGACAGAUACCCUACAGGAUCAACAUGAUCAAAUUCUUACGCACGUUGAAGCCACGAUGACGCAGCCCACGGAAGAGGAGCUGCGUGGCUGUAUAGAACAGCUGACAUCGGCGCUGCAAGAAGCACAUGGUCUCAUCAACACACUUCGAGAGCAGCCGUCGCUUUCGUCGUCGGUCUCGACCGCCAGUGCGUCCGUCAGCACAUCACGGCCUAUACCGAUCGAUGCGUCAUCCUGGCGUCAUUCCACGCCCAGCCGCGUGCCUGCGAUGGAUGCCUUACGUCGCUCCGUGGCCGCGUUGUCCGUCACCGACGAUGCAGGCCUUGUUAUGUCGGACUUGGGCGCCUUGCAGGAGACGGUGCGUACGCUCACGCACGACUUGCAAGCUACGCAGGCCAAGCUACAGGAAGCUUUGGCCUAUACGACGGAAGCAAAUGCCAGCAAACUGCGCAUCGAAGCACGGCUGGCUACCACGGCGGAUGAACUGGCUGACGCAGAAGCGCGCUUGCACGACCGUUCGCAGCAGCUGCAGAUGUUGCGGGAGCAGCGCUCUGAUACGACGCUGACCAAAGUGACCAUGGCCCGCCUUGAAUCGGCCCUGCAAGAGGCUCAGCGUGAGGUAUCUACUGCGCGUGCGCAGCAUGAGCAGGCCGAGCACCAACAAGCGAUCCUGGCUGAGCAGCUGCAGCGGGCUGAGACGCGCUUUGUCCAGGCCCAGCAAGCAGCCGACGAAGCACGGGAGGCUCGCGUCGUAUGCGAGGCCCAUAUGGACGACCAACUUACGCAGCUGCAAUCGCUACGACGUGUGCUCGCAGAUCAGAACGCCGAGUUAGGCCAGCUGCGGGGCGAAAAGGAUCACUUGUGGAUCGAGCGACGCCAGAUUCUGGAGCAACUGCGCGUGUUUGAGCAGCAUUUGCGCGACGUACGUGCCGAAACGGAUCGGUACGGCUCGGAACUGCACGCGCUCCAGCGCGAGAAGGCGCAAUGGUCACGCGAGCGAUCGUCGAGCCCAGCACAGGAGCAGAUGGUCCGCGAGCACGUUGCCCAGGCCAUUCGUGCGCUGGCGCCGCGCUGGCAGGCGGAGCGUGAGCGAGUCCAAGCGCUUCUUUUCCAAAAGGCGUACUUGGUGCAUGCCCUGGACGCGCAGGAAUGGCUGUAUGAGCGGCUGUGUACACGACUGCAUGCAUGGGCUCCUGCGUUGGACUCGUUCCGUGGCCGUGCGUAUCCGCGGCCGACACCUCGUCGGUGGCGCGUAGCGCUGGCCGCCGUGCACUUUGCUGUGCGUCUUCAAAAGGCACGCGAGCGUAUGUACAGUACAUAG